AUGGCCAUCGAGAUCCAUCCUCUCACCAAAGCGGAUAUCUCCGAGGCCGUAGAAUGCGUUCAGAAAGCAUUUGCCGACGAUCCGUAUUUCCGCUGGAUAUUCAACAAGAGAUCUGGGUUCAAUUUGCAACGCAACGCCGCCUCGAUGGCCGCGCAUUUCCAAUACGGGCUCUCGUGCCAAGCGCCCAUCUACAUCGCCAAAGCCACCCCGUCCGCCCUCCCCAGCGACAAAAGCCCCACCACCGACAUCGCAGGUGUCUGCUGGUGGUUCCCACCGCAGCCGCUCUCCGAGCCCGUGUCCUGGACCGUCUGGGCGCAAGACUGGAUCCUGUCGUUCCGCCAGCUGCUUUUCAACAUCAAGUUCGGCGGCCGCGGCGGACUCAACAUCCGGCGGUACUGGCAGUGGAAGCAGCAGCAGGAACGCACUCACCGGCAGAUCUGGACCGAUCCCCGCGGGUAUUACUUCUGCAAUGUGAUCGCCGUCAACGCCGAGAUGCGGGGCAUGGGCGUCGGUCGUAAGUUGGUCGAGGCCGUUACACAGAAGGCCGAUCUCGAGGGCAUGCCCUGCUACCUGGAGAGUUCCAAGGGGUUUCCUAACUUGGUUAUCUAUGAGAAGUUGGGGUUUGAGUUGGUGAGUGAAAUUGAGUGUGUGGAUGGGAAGGAUGCUUGCAAGCUGUAUUGUAUGAUCCGUCAGCCGAAGAAGGCCGAUUAG